GGCUCUCUCAGCUCCGUAGGCUCAGGUAGACUUGGCGGCGACUGGGCUGCGGCUGCAGAGCCCGGGCCGGCGGGGCGAGCGCGGGCCGCGGAGCAGGCCUCAGGGGUGAACCGUUUGAUGUAAAAGACUUGACUCCAUAAUCUACAUCUGCCCUAAUGCUGUCAUCCGGAGUAGAGACUCAGCCAGUUCCACUUGAUUCCUCCAUGUCUGCCGUGGUACAGGAAUUAUACUCGGAACUCCCAGUAAGUGUCUCCAAAGAGCUUCAUGCUGACCCUGAGCCAAGUGUGAUUCCAGAUGUAAAACCUGGAGCCUCAAGCUCUCUUAUAAGUCAGAGUAGGGCAGUGCCCUUGGAGCUGCAGAGGACCCAUGCGGAAAGUUGUUGUGAAGAAACCCCUGACACCUUGGAUGAUGGGGGUGAGCCUGGGCGGUGUGGGCUGGUGGACUCCACGGCAGCAGGUUCUGUGGCUUCUGGGAUCUUGGAUAGGGAAGAGAAAACCAAAAGCAUGGAGCUAAAGGUCUUCAGAGAUGGAGGGGACCAGGCGGAAAUUGUAAGAGACCCCUGUGAGGGAGCAAAGGAAGACCCAUGUCAACAUUCCACAGCUGCUGAAGAAAAGAUCAGCCCAAGUCAGGAGGACUUCCAGAUGCAGUCAAGCAAAGAACUUUCAUGCACAGAAGUCCUUGAAGAAUGUCUGAGGAGCAAAGAAGGAAAUGUACAGAUUACAGCUGAAACUCUACUGAGAUCUACUGAAGAAGUACAAGGUAUGAAGGUCAAUGGGACUAAGAUGGAUAAUAAUGAAGGACACAAGAAUGGCAAUGUGAGUAAAAGUCUCUCAGCUGGGUGCAGCGAAUACCCAGAAGUAGACAAAAUCAUGACCAGUGGUGAUGGUUCAGAAACCAGCCCAUUAGUUUCCCUAGAGCCUUUAACCUUUGUGGACCCUGGAUUAACAGAAGCCACUCCUAAAGAAAAAGAAUGUGAAGAAUUAAAAACUUGUCCUUCUUGGUUGUCAUUAUUACCAGGGAACAGUGUCAUUUCCAAAGUGGACAAUGGGAAGGAAGAGUUUUGUAAAUUGAACCUUGUCUGUGAAGCAGAUGACAAUCACCCACAGAUUCUUGGCCACCAUAAUGAAAAACACAGUUCUGCAAGUGGCAGUCCCAAAGCCGCAAGAAAUGUAGUUGUUGUAGAAAAUUCUGAAGUUUCGUCUUUCAGAUCAAGUUUGUCUGGUCCAGAAUCCAGAACAACAUCCUUAGAAAAAUGUGGUUUUGAAAGUAAUGGCUUGCUGAAGGGAUCUGCUGAAAAGACGGAUAAUUCAUGUUUUGAUGGGGGUGAUCUAAGCGAGAACUUGGCUUCUAGGAAAGAAAACGAAGAACAGCUUUUGAACCCCAGGAAUGAGCAAGGGGAACUCUUUCUUGUUAAUGCCAGGCAACCAGAAGAGGAUGCUAAUGGUCAUUAUUCUCUUGAAAAAGAGACCGUUGACUCCCUAAAAGAUAAUAUCCUUGAUAACUGUUGUGUUCAAGGCAUUAUCCAUACAGACAGUUCUAGUUCUUUAAUGCCGAGUUCUUUUAAUGAAGCCACGGAAGUAACGUUAAAAAAAAAUGAUUUGAAAAUCACUUCAGACAUUCAGUGUAGUUUGACAAACUAUAAGGACCAUAGAGAAACUUUUACUAAUAUGAGCCAUCCAGGUGGACACUCUGAAGAAAGCAGUUUUUCUUCCUUGAUGCGGAUUAAAGAGCCAGAACAGACAACCACUAUAGAGCCGAAGAUGUUAAGUAAAAAGUUUUACAGUGAAGACUCUAACUCCUUAGUCAGCACCCAGAGAAAUCUGAAAGGCGAUACCCAAUUAAAUGAAGCAUUGUAUAAUGAGUUUCUGAUUGAAAGAAAAUCCCUUGUGAGUUUAAUGCCAGAGGACCAGAUAAGUCCUGUAAAUGAGGUAUCGAAACCCAAGAAAAAUAUUGCUCGAUUACCACCACCCCUAGAAUUUGAUUACAGUCCUGAGUCAGAAAAAGCUGUACAGCCCUUACAAGAUGAUAGUCUACAUUUAGGUGAACAGAGCAUUGCCUGUGAGAUGAAUGAACUUUCUUGUACCGAUGAACUGGUUGUAAAUGAAGUAGAAAAUGAAUGUGUUUUAAAUCAAGUGUCCCUUAGUUCUCGAGACCACACAAAGUUGCUAGCUGACAAAGAGAUGCCUUUAGCAGCAAGCGAGGAUUCCCAACAGAGCCAUCACCCUCCAUUAGAGGAUGGAGCAGAUGUCAUUGCUGAUACCCAGACCAUUUCCAUGAAGACAAAAAUGAAAGAAAUCUCUCCACCAGGUGACGAAACCUGUGGUGCCUCUUCAAACAGUCCCACCUUAAACAUCAAACCAGGAAGCCUAGAAAGAAAAAGUGAAAUGGCUGAUUCAGGAACAGCAGAUCUACAUUCCAGACUUCUCUCAAGUAGGAAAGAAGCAGCAGCCUUGCCUCCAGUGGUCUCUGUCAUGGAAUGUCAAAGUAUUCAAUCUCAGGAUCUCUCUAGCUGUCAUUGUAUAAGAAGAAAUACACCAGAAAAGAGCAUGGGUUCUGCUUGUGCUGCUUUUGAGUCCAACAAAAUCAUCCUGGAAGUUGAAAACUGUUUGGUAACCAAGUAUGAAAAUGUGUUUCAGCACAGUGAUCACCACUCCCAAGGAAGAGAAGUCUCUGUUAAAAGUACCGUCCACGAGGUGACUGAUACAUUGGAGGAAAGGAAAUUUGAUGGGAGAGAAACUAAAGGCAGCCUUCCAGAAGAUAAGAUCAGAAAUGAAAUGACAGCAGGCAUGUCAAAUACUGAAGCUUCAAACAAAACCAUUCGCGCUACUAGUUACAUCCAACCCAGUGAGGAAGGGCUAGAAGGAAAGGAACAGAAUAUACUCAAAGAGACUGUGUUUUGUAAGUAUAGCAUUUCUGAUUGUGCCACGCAAGAACUAAACCAAUCUACAGACAUUCCAAGUCCUGAAAAAUUGUUGGACCAGCCUCCUACUAUUGUGUUCUCCAGUUUUAAAAACAUGAACCAAGCAGCUGAAACUCUUGAUCAGAAGGCAGAUGAAGUCCUUGACUGCCAGAGUAACCCAGACAGACCAGAUGCAUGCAAAAGUGAAAAUAAACCAGCUAAAGCGACUCUAGGUAGUGACCAGAGAGAGACCAUCCCAGAGCCUAAAAGAGAGGUAAGUCACAACGAAAAGGAUCUGCUAGUCAGUUCAGGUAAUAACAACUCAUUGUCUGGUGGUAGUCCAGAGAAAGGUGAUUUGAAAGGAGCCUUUGAAAGGAUUUCUGGUUGUGAGGAGUCGACAGAUGGUGUGGUAGAUGUCGUCUACACAGACUGUAGAAAUAAGCCUGCAGAAGGCACACUGGACAUAAAAGCAUCUAGUACAUUUGAUGGUGCUGCAAGGCAAGAUAGACUGGCAUUACAUGAAACCUCAAGGAGUACCCUGUCUCAGAGAGAACUGAAUCCUGCAUUUACAGGAAUGAUUGACCAGGAUUCGGAUUUCCCAGAUACUACUUCCUCUACAGUGGAAUCUCUUGAAAUAGAAAAAUCAUGUGAGGAUAAAGUAUGCAGAUCAUUAAAAGAUUGUGAAAUGGAAGUGUGUGCAGACUCUUGUGCCCAUGAGAUAGAGUGUAUUGCAGAUCAUGAACCAAAUAUAAGAAUAUUGGAUAGAGUAAAUGUGUCUUUAAAUUAUAUUCAUCAUGAACAGCAAGUUAAAGAAGCAUCUCUGAGAGAAACACAAGGAAUGAUUGAAGGAUCAAAACUAGAAAUAAAUUCUGAGUUUCACAAGGAAAAUACCUUUGGAAUUUCCUCAAAAGAAUUGAUGUCUUUUAGAUGCCGAGAUGAGAACUCUGUUCCCCCAGGGAGCCUGAAAUCCAUUGAGAUAAUGCCUUUGUGUCUGUCUUCUCAAGAAAAUUCAGAAACUAAUAUUAAUAGUGAAGAAAGCAACCUGAAAAAUCUUUUAAAACAAAAAGAUGGUGAGAUGCUUUGUGAAAAUGUAAAAGACUGCACAGUCCUGCCUGAGAUGAAAGGAGGAGCAUCAAGGGAUAUGAGUCAUCCUAGUGAAGGAAACAGCAUAGACAUCAGUGUGAAAAAUUUGCCUUUGACAAUGGAAACAGAAACUACAGUGAAAGGUGAAGAAACCAAAGAACAUCAGAGGGGACCACUGGGUCACUUAACUGCUGGGGAGGAAUCUAAGGAGAUGAUUGCCAGAGAAGAUGGCCACAGUGAUAAUGUGAGUGAGAUUUCUCAGACCCACUUUAAAUCUCAGAGGAUGCUUGGUGAUGCCGAAGAACAGAGCCAGAGGAUUUUGGACCACAUGUUGCAGAAGGAAGAGGAAUAUAUACAUCAAAAAGAAGCACAUACAAGAUUGGAACAAUGCACAUCACCUAAUAUGUUGUCAGAUGAGGUGCAAAGUAAGAACCAACCUAAAGAUUGUAAAGAUGAGUUCCCCAUGAUGAAAGAAAUCACCCCAGCAAAGCUGGCCAAGGGUGACAUUGCUGCACGGUUUCAGAAGUUGAAAGACCCAAAGGAGGAAAGCUUGUGUCAUCCAUUAAAAAAGGCCAUUAAGUUGUGCACAGGUCCUUGCCUUUGUGGUGCCCCCCGGAAAACACAAGACCCCAACUCUGCUAGGUAUGAUGAAAUCCACGGUGCCUUUGGGAACACUUCACAUCGGAAGGUAGUGCUUCCCGUAAAGAAGCAGCCCCAUCGAACGUGUAAGCAAGUUUCCUGUCAGGAGCAAGUCAACAUGGGGAGAAAAGUGAGUAAAAUCAGAAGUUCUGCCUUGUUAAAGAGUUCCUCUGAAACCAUUCCCACGAAAGCACACAGAUUUCUCAGUUCACAUACUGUGUCUACACCCACACGACUGGAACCUGAAACAGUACCUACCGGGAGCUUAAUUAGCCAUAUACCAAAGCAGAAGGCUACUCCAUGCCAUCCCUUGAGGAGCCUGAAUGUUAGGAAGCCUACCAAAGAAUCAGCCUUACUAAACAAGCUGUCUGUCCUUGCCUCCAAACUGGCCCCAGCCACAAAGACCCAGAAACUAAGGCAUCGGUAUUCCUCUGAACUUCUUCCAGUGGCUAAAAGCUACAAGCGACUCAGAUAUAAAAGACUCCUGGAUGGAUUUUCAUACACUAAAAUGCAGUUGAAUCCAUAUUUGGCAGCUAGUGGAUGGGAUAAGUGGCCUAACAGUAAGCCUUUGACACUUUAUUCUCUCGAAGCCAUCAAAAUGAGUUUCAUAGAUUUGAGCAACAAGAUGCCAUCACUGCUGUUUGGUUCUGAAAUCUUCCCAGUAUCCUUUCAUGUGAAAUCAGGCUCUGAGUGCAUGGCUGAGUCCCCAAGGACUUUUCCUGAGCAUUGUGCUCCAACGAGGCUCACCUUAGGAGAGGCCACCCAGUGCCCAUCUCAACCUCCCAAGUGGACCUUUUCUGUCUUCUUGUCCCAUGGUUGCCCUGGGAUGGCCACAUUCAGGGAAGACACUGGCCUCCAUGGUCAGGCACAUGCCCAGGCUCCUCCACACCCUCUGGUUCCUCUCCAAGACUAUGGGGGCACUGCCGUAGUCCAGACCAGAGCAGGCCGCUCUGUCCUUGGCCUUCAUACGCUUCUAGCACUUUGUUCCCCUGGGUGUUACCGAAUCUGGACAAAAAAACGGAGCUUCUCUGGUCACAUGCCUACUAUGCAGAGGCUCUUCAUGACCCAGGUUACACAGGGCUUGAAAGGGUUAAGGUCUCCAGCCUCCAUAGCAGACAAGGUCUUCUGUUCUCUGCCCAACUCGGUGGGCCGAGUACUGUCCAUUUGGAGCCAGCAUGGGCCUUCUGCCUGCCCCUUCAAGAUCUCUGCUCUUCAUUCCACUCACAGCAAGCAGCAGCCAAGUCUGGGCACCAUAAGCAGCCACACCAUGUUACCAUAUGUGCCUCUUCCAGGCAUAGAAGCUACUUAUAAUACCAGCGGCAGUCAGAUGAGGCUUGAGCCUUCAUUCUCUGCCUUGGUACCAAAGUCUUGCUUGGUAACAGAAUCAGCUGUCAGCAAGCUCUUGCUUUCAGCCUCUGAGUUCCAGGUUCCUGGAUUUGAUGAGCUGGAUGGUGUGACAGCAGCCUGCCCCCGGCCACAGAGCAGCCCUCCAGAACAGAAAGAGGCUGAGCCAGAGAAGAGGCCAAAGAAAGUCUCACAGAUUCGCAUCCGGAAAACCAUUCCUAAGCCAGAUCCUAAUCUUACCCCCAUGGGCCUUCCUCGACCCAAAAGGUUAAAGAAAAAGGAGUUUAGUUUAGAAGAAAUAUAUACCAACAAGAAUUAUAAGUCUCCUCCUGCUAACAGGUGUUUAGAGACCAUCUUUGAGGAACCUAAGGAACGAAAUGGUACGCUAAUCUCAAUCAGCCAACAGAAGAGGAAGCGAGUUUUAGAAUUUCAGGAUUUUACAGUCCCACGAAAGAGAAGAGCUCGUGGUAAGGUCAAGGUGGCAGGCAGCUUUACCAGGGCCCAGAAGGCGGCGCUGCAGAGUCGAGAGCUGGAUGCCCUUUUGAUACAGAAACUAAUGGAACUGGAGACCUUCUUUGCCAAGGAAGAGGAACAGGAGCAAUCAUCUGGUUGUUGAGAAGCAAUUCGGUUUGGGAGUGCCAAUUUUAGAUUUUCCAGGCCUCCUCGGAAGAGGUUGCCUAAUUUUACCCUACUACCCAAACCACUCAAAAUGCAGUCCAUGGAUUGUUACCUAUUUCAAGGUGCACCCUUUUUAGGAACUGGUGAAGGAGGGUCCUCUACUUUUACUGCUGAGUAUAGAACCUCAGGAAUGCUCCCUUUCUCCUGGAAAUGGUCCUGAAUGACAUCUGACCUCCUCCUCCCCCCACUCUGCCAUCCACGGGAGGAGGACGCAGCAUACCUUCAGUAACACUAGGAUUCCAAGGACUCACAGCAUUUGCACGUCCAUGUGAAAGUUCCACGUUGUUUACAGUGGUGCUAGACCAAGAUUAUUUAGAGAUGUGGCCUAGGGAGGGGGACCUGGCAUCCUGUCCUAUAUGGUCUCACUGGCUCAUUUCAGUAGUUGAGGAAAGAUGAGCUAUUGGGUUUUCUAAUUCUUUGAGUCUGUCUGCCCAGAACUGGUGUGUGUGUGUGUGUGUGUGUGUGUGUAUGUGUAUGUAUGUAUGUAUGUGUGUGUGCGCGCAUGUGUGUGCGCAUGUGUGUAUGGCUUUUUCCCAUCAUUUUUCUCCCCUCUGUGACUGUGGGUCACUAGUGCCAGAGGAGCCCGUCCAGGCCCCAUUCGAAGUAAGUUGCACUUUUUAAUGUAGUGUUAUUUUCCUUUGUUUUAUUUCUUUCUUUUUUUUUUUUUUUUUUUUGUAUUAUUGCUGCAUGUUUGGAGCCUUUAAAUGUGAUUUUAGAACAAUUUUUUUAAGACAUCAAGGAGAAAGACAAUACAUGUCUUCAAAAUAUAUGAUAGGCAUUUGACCCAGUUUUUCGGUGCAUGAUAUGGGACAAUGGAGAGACAUUUUCCCAUUCAUGUGUUUCAAGCAGUCCCUCCCCCAUCUCCAACUUCUAGUGUAACUCAUUAGAGGGAGCACUUUUUUCCAUCUGGGUUCUCAUUCUUGCCCACUAAGUAGAUGUAUUUAUGUUAAUGAUGGAAGUAAGAGCAGGUUUCUCUCCCAAUCAUUUAAAAAAUAGAAAAGGUUGGGUGUGGUCUUAAUGGGUUUUACCUAAAGUGGUCUGUAACAAAGUUGAGUACAACAGCUCUGGUGGUGAUAAACCCUGACCCAGAGUGUUUGCAGAUGUCAGAGCAACCUGCUCCAAGAACGAGGAGAGGCGAUCGGCCGUGGUUCAAACCCAGUGAUGCAUUCUUGCGGUGCAAUCGUGAAAUUCCACGGCCAGCUCUCUCUGAGGGCACCUCGUUGUACUCUGGGCUCCUGUGUCAAACCUACUGGAAAUUUUGUAGAAUGCCAGAGUUAGCUGAGCUGUGUCACCUGUGCCUACAGUAGUCUGUGGGCAGAAGGAUGCUGUGUGGGUCAGCAGGCCCAGAGGUUUCAUUCCUUUUCCACUUAAUCCCUGUGUGUCCUUGCCCUGCUUCCCCUCCCUUCCUUCUCCUAGGUUUUAUCUUUUUUUUUUCUCUCUCUCUCUCUCUCAAAACAAGAGUUCAGAGAAUUAACAUUCCUUGGCUGGUGAGUGGGAUGCUAAACCCAGCCUCGGGACACUGGUCACCUCUUCCCAUCCUCCUAGGAGCCACUGCUGGGAAGCAGCUGCUGAUGGGAACUGUCAGAGUUCCAGAGACAUUUUCAAGUCAGUCUGUUAGAGAAGAGUGAGUGAUGCCGUCCUGGAAUGUGUCUCCUAGGUUUCUUUUGCUUCCUCAUUUGUUAGUGGGUGGGGGG